AUGGUAUACUUAGAGUCGCUCACAAAAAACCCUAACACAGAAGAUAUAGAAGAUGCGCUACUUGAGCUCGAUGAAAAAAGCCUCCUAAUGUUAGACAAUGUCAUGAUAGUUGUCAAAUAUAUCAUUCCAGUUCACCCAUCAUUAUCCGAAAGCAGCCAGAAAACUCUCUUUGGCUUAUUCUCAAGAUCAUUUAAACUUCUAACGCAUACUUUGAACUUCAUAAACCUCAUGAAAAGUUCACCAGAGGCCAAAAUCUAUAGGCAAUUUUUGAUUGAAGUAUUAGCCACUGAGCCAUCCUGCCUAAGUAAUUAUAUUCUGUCAUCCAACAGCAAUUUGGAACUGAAGCUAAUACGAUCAUACUUCUUUGGAAGCAAAAUUUUGAAUGCGGUUUCAGAUACUAUAGAUAUCAUGGAGUAUUUGCGGCUUAUCAAAUAUCAAAUUCUGUUUAUUAUGGACCACGAUGAUGUUUCCAACGCAAGGAUUUACGCAGAUUUGUUCAGCUCCCUUCUUUCGUUGCACCCAGUCUUUGCACGCGAUCUCAUAUUUGGAGACUUGAUCUUUUCAUCCCCAACACUCUUCUCUAAAUUCAAGUGCUUGUUCGUUAGUGGUUCAGUAAGCUCCCAACACCGAAUUGCAGAUAAUCUACUUCUUUAUUUUGACAAAACAACUAAUAAAUCCAACGUCAAUUCAGCAGUUUAUGUGAUGAAACAGAUCGAUGUUAGCAGGGUUGGACAAAGCGUUCUACUAGAUUUGAAUAACCUGUAUUUGAAGGCCGCUGUGAUCGUUUGUAUUUCAAAGGACUCUCUUAUUGAGUUAUAUGACACCUUGAUCGCUUAUUUUUCCAUGCAAAAUCAUAAUUUUGACGAUAAAACUGUUUGCGAGCUAUUGGUUAUUGUCCUGAGAGAGUUAGAUAGUGAUCAGAAACGAAAGCUGGCGCAUCAGUCUCUUUUUCUGGAUGCUGUCACCAGCAGACUUGCGUCCGAGGAUUUGGAAGUCAGGGAACGUACAAUGUACAUUGGUAAGCUUAUCACGGAAGGAGGACUAAAAUAUGAUAGCACUUUCAAAAUUGACGUACCGAAGAUUAAAAUCCCACAAGAUGAGCCGACAGAUUUGAAAUCUUUACAGGUAUUAUCAGCGGAAUUAUCCGAGAGUACCUCCUCUGAGAGUACCUCCUCUGAGAUUUUCUCGACAUCGAUAAGCACCUUGUCUUUACAUGACAAACGUGAAGAUCAUAGAAGAAGCAUUGUAUUCUUGAAGGACUUAGUCAAAGAGUUUGAAGAUAAUGAAAAAGGUCAUCAGGAACAAGUUCAUCUUUUAAUGGACACGGUUAAGCUUGUGCGUCAGAAAAAAGACUUCGCCGCUGAAAUAAAGUACUACAGCUCCCCAUUGUUGACAUCAGUAGCUCAUUUGAGCAACAAUAUGGAUGAAGAUCAUUUUGAAGAAUGGAAAAUUAAUGCUCUUGUUAGUAUUUUAUCCACCGUUCCAGAGAAAGUCACAGAUUUAAUCAAAAUUCUAUUUAUGGGUGAUAUAUCAUUGCAGCAAAGAAUGUGUAUUCUCUCAGCAUUGGGCUUGGCAGCGAGGGAAUUGAGAGGAUUAGACGAUAGCGUCAUUUUGAAACCUCAAUCGGAUUUUCCUACCAAGAGGCUACCGUGGGAUGAGGCUGCAGGCGCCAAAACCGCGAAGUCUGAUCUCAUUGAGCAGCAAGCUGAAGAUACAUAUCUUAAUGAAGGUCGCGUAGUUUGGAAGUCUCGAAAGCUAAACAAAUCCAAAAGAGCGCCAAAUGAAAACCGAUUUAUGAAGCAUGCCGCACUCUUUUUCUUUCCUUUGGCUCACGGUUGGAUGAACGGAAUUGAGAUGGGCACUUACGACCACCUAUUCAAGAAACAUUAUUUAUCUACCCUGCGGAUUAUAAUUUCUGCAGCAUUUCCCCAUCCCGAAUUUAAUUCUAUGAGUGAUUUCAUGGGAAAGGUUGCAGAAGACGCUUCUAAGCAAGGCAUUGAAUUAUAA